AUGACACAAACUAGGGACCAUGGCCAUAGUCACGGCCACGGUCACCACCGCCACCACCACCACGACAAUACCUAUCUUACCUCCACAAACAAACGCGAUGCUGGUGUUCGGAUUACACGGAUUGGCCUCGUUGCUAAUUUGUGCAUGGCAAUUGGAAAGUUUAUUGGCGGUUAUGUCUUUCACUCUCAAGCUCUCAUCGCUGAUGCCUACCACGCGCUUACCGAUCUCGUCUCCGACUUUUUAACUUUGGGGACUGUCGCUUGGUCCCUAAAACCCCCGAGCGAAAGAUUCCCCAACGGAUAUGGAAAAAUCGAGAGCAUCGGUGCGCUUGGAGUCAGUGGGCUCCUGCUCUGCGGAGGAGUGUUUAUGGGUCUCAACGCGGGACAGGUCCUGCUGGCUCAGUUCUACCCCGACGUGGCUGAAACAGUAGCACACUCGGGGAUUUUGGGACAUGGUCAUUCACACAGCCAUGGACCAAUAGGUCCUAGCAUUCACGCAGCGUGGAUUGCAGCAGGCUCGAUUGUGGUUAAGGAGUGGCUUUACCAUGCUACUAUGAAGGUUGCCGAAGAGCGCAAGUCGUCCGUGCUUGCAUCCAACGCCAUUCACCACCGCAUCGAUUCCUUGACGAGUAUCGUCGCCCUUUUCACAAUUGGAGGAAGCUAUAUCUUCCAAGACGCUACCUGGCUGGAUCCAGUUGGCGGAGUCCUGAUUUCCUUGAUGGUCAUCAAGGCCGGUUGGGCCAACACAUGUACAUCUCUUUUGGAGUUGGCGGAUACUACAGUUGAUGAGGAAAUCCGACACUCCGUGGAGGAUGCUGCUUCUAAAGCCUUGAAGGAUAUUGAGGAUGGACAUGAAGUGAUUGUUCGUGAUGUGCAGGGCAUGAAAUCUGGUCAAAACUACUUAAUGGACAUUGAGUUGGCUGUGCCGGGGGCCUGGGCUAUUAGUCGGUCACGACACAUCGAAGAGACCGUUCGCCAGGCUGUUGGAUCGGGAGUUCGUGGUGUUAAGCGGAUCAAAGUGCGUUUCAUUCCGGCUGAACAUCAAGACCUCACGUUCUCAGAUGAGUUCGUUGCACAGGAUAUUAGUGGUGACCCAGAGACACCCCAAGAUGCUCGGAAACGACAAUAA